ACACAUUCACUCUCUGCCACACACAUACAUCAUCAGAAGUAGCUGUUUCCUUCGCCCAGCAGUUGCAGCGCUGCUCCUUGCAGCUGCUGCCGCUGCCACUUGCAGGCCUCUCUCAUAUUUAUACAUAAAUUUAUAUCGAAGAUCAAUUUGAAUAAAAAUUAGCGGAGAAAGGCAGCCCCAUUUUAGUGAGAGAGAGAAAGCUAAUGCUGCGCUGCUAAGUUAAAUAAAGGUCUCAAUUAUGGUGUGUGGUAUGAUCGAUUUGAACACUGUGAACAAUGAUGAUGAAUUGGCGUCGCCGUCGUCGUCGGCGGCCUCCGGGAGCUUGGAAUUGGCUGCGCCGUCGGUGUCUAUGGAGCUCUGGCACGCAUGUGCGGGGCCGCUGAUUUCGCUGCCGAGGAAGGGGAGCGCCGUGGUCUAUUUUCCCCAGGGGCAUGUGGAGCAUCUCCCUGAGCAUCCUGCUGUGACUUAUGAUCUCUCUCCUCACGUAUUUUGCCGCGUUGUUGAUGUUAAACUCCAUGCGGAUGCGGCUAGUGAUGAGGUGUAUGCACAGGUUUCACUCAUUUCGGAUCAACAGAUAGAGCAAAAAUGGAGGGAAGGCAUAAUGGAAUCUGAGGCAGAAGACGAAGAUCUUGAAAGUGUGGGGAAGACUAUGACACCCCACAUGUUCUGUAAAACUCUUACCGCAUCAGAUACCAGCACACAUGGUGGAUUUUCUGUUCCUCGUCGCGCUGCUGAGGACUGUUUUCCUGCACUGGAUUAUAAACAACAGAGACCUUCACAAGAGCUUGUCGCUAAGGAUUUACAUGGAAUUGAGUGGAAGUUUCGGCAUAUCUACAGAGGUCAGCCUCGAAGGCAUUUACUGACUACUGGUUGGAGUGCAUUUGUCAAUAAGAAGAAGCUGGUGUCUGGAGAUGCUGUCCUCUUUCUAAGAGGUGGUGAUGGGGAACUGAGGCUUGGGAUUCGUAGAGCUACGCAAAUCAAAAGUGGUGCUACUACCCUCCCCCCCACUAGCAAUGCUAGUAGUAUUGCUGCAGUAGUGAAUGCGAUAACCUCUCAGAGCACAUUUGAUAUUUGUUAUAAUCCAAGAGUGCGGUCUUCAGAUAUUAUUGUGCCUCAUCACAAGUUCUGCAAGAGCCUUACACAAAGUUUUUCGUGUGGAAUGAGGUUCAAAAUUCGCUUUGAAGCAGAAGACUCUUCUGAGAGAAGGUGCAGUGGCCUCAUUGUUGGUGUCAGUGAUGUGGAUCCUGCAAGUUGGCCUGGUUCAAAGUGGAAAUGCUUACUGGUUAGAUGGGAUGAUAUGGAGGUCAAUCGUCUUAAUAGGGUAUCUCCUUGGGAGAUUGAGCUGGCUGGUCCUAUGUCUGGACCCAACGGCCUUGCGUUGCUUGGAACCAAAAGAAAUAGGACAGGCUUCCCAGCAGCGAAGCCCGAUGCUCCCAUUCACAGAGAUGGGAACGAUGUUUCAGACUUUGGAGAGCCUCUAAGGUUCCAAAAGGUCUUGCAAGGUCAAGAAGUAUUUCCUUUCGGUUCUCUAUAUGGCGGGGGUGAGGGUUCCCGGAAUCACCUAUCUGACAUUAGGGGAUAUACGAGCCUCAGCGGCUUUCAUGCUGGCGGAAACAGCAUCAGGCAACAUCAUGCAGAUACUCGGAAUUCGUUGGAGAGAACUGUUGCAGGCGAAUCCUUUCAAUUCCGUAAGGUCUUGCAAGGUCAAGAAACAACACCAAUCCUGUCUUAUGGAAGAGGCCCACAGGAAAAGAAUGCUAGUAAUGUGUUUAAUGGGAUGCAGUUGCCCAGGAAUGGGAGUUGCUGGUCCCCCGCACCCCAGUACAAUGUUAGUCCCCACCUUUCACCAUCAAUGAUUCGAGGGUUAUCACCUUCCUCAAUACCGUUGUUGCAGCAGCCAAAUCCUCAAAGCUCUCAAAUUACGUCCCUGCUUUACGGCCAUCAGAAUAAGCAUGAUACUAGCAAUCUGGAUUCAUUCCGUGUUUCUCAAAGAAUUACAAAGAAGUUUGCACCAUAUGAAAUCAGCCCAAAAGACAAUCUGCAGAAUGGAUACAGAUCCCCCGAAGCCCCUAGCCCAACAGUGUCAUCUCAUCGUCCUCUCCUUACUCAACCGCUAUUCAGUAAAGACAGUUGUAGGCUCUUCGGAUUCCCUCUGACCGAGGGGAUAAAUGCAAUCGGAAAGGCAGAUAAUCAGGUCUCUCCGUCUGCUUCUGCUUAUGGUCAUGGGAGCAAUGAAGACCAACUGUAUCAGCCUCCAUUAGUGACAAAGGUUAUGGCUAGCAGUUGUACCAAGCCUAGCGACAUGCACGCUGUGAGAGACAGGCUUCUCGAUAUCGCUCUCUAAACAUAUGCAGAGGCUGAGAAGUGAGCAGGCAGCAGCUCUUUCCACCGCAGGUACCCUUGCUUUUGCUGCUUUUACUUUUGAGUUGAAGAUACAUGCAAGGAUGAGAAGAGUGGGAUAUUUUUGCCUGGGGUGGAAUUGAAGAAGUGCCUCUGGGCAAACUGAUGACAAUGCUUUUCUGUGUGUAUUAUUAUUUCUAGAUCCUAAUAUCUCAGUGCUGAAAUCACACCACUGACUACUGAAUCCUAUUUUAAGUGUAAAUCAUCACUUAAUUAUCUGAAUGGAUAAUAUUUGUGUACACUACUGUAUGAAGUAUGAACAAAGGAAACUUCCCUAA